AUGGCGGCUGAAAUCGGAGUGUAUGAUGGUGAUUUUGCGGAACAUAAUCUUGAACAAUUUAAAGGGAAUUAUAUUAUGGUCGAUGUAAACAUCCGACCGAAAUUGAAGGAAAAUUUGGAAAAAUGGAGAUCUAAAAAUAUAACAUUUUUACAAAACUCUUCUUUCGGUGCAUCUAAACAGUUUAAAAAUGCCAUGUUCGAUUGGAUAUAUAUUGAUGCUGGACAUGAUUACAAAGAUGUUUUAAAUGACAUGACUGUUUGGUAUCCAAAGUUAAAACCUGGAGGAUUAUUUUCCGGUCACGAUUAUUGUGUAAAUAAAAUGGAUCUUAAAACUACAAAGAAUGUUCCAUGGUGUGGAAUAUUUAAACCUGGACGAGAUUACAUGGCAUUUCGUGUAUUCAAAUCAACGAACAUUACUGGAAAAGAGAAACAAUCUUUUAUCGGAGUUGUUAAUGCCGUACGUUUUUUUGCUCAAUCAAAGUCCAUUCCAGAGGUAUUUUUCACAAUGGAAGAGCGUGAAACGUUAAAUGAUGAUGGUUUGGGUUCGUCUUGGUACUUUUUUAAGCCAAACUAA